AUGUCGUCUGUCCGGGGAUCGUCCGCGACUCCCCACCUCGCCCGCCAGACUCGCUCGCGCCCUUCGCGCGCCAACACUCCUGCGGUCAACGAACCUCUCCCGGCUUUGCAGGCCGCACAAUCCUUCGCCUACGGCGCCCCUGGCAAGGCGCAUCUAAGAAAGCAGGUGAUCACCACCGCUGCAGAGGUGGAUGAAGCGUUCGACAGCCAACCGCGCGCGGACACGCCGCACAUGCCGCCGCCGCCAAGACCAGCACGUCCGGAAAAGGCUCAAGAAUUGUCCAUCACGGAUCCCCACGAACCACGUCGCGGAUUCAAGCCUCAGACUGCUCCCAGUAGUACUGUUCUGAGCCAGAGUACUGGAAUACAAGGAUCUGCCCUUUACCUGAACAGACCUAACAUCGAUCUAGAAGCACCUAUCUCUGCCCCUCCCCGUGCCCGCACACGUGUAGUCCCAACUCCCGGCACAUGGAAGGAUGCCAAACUGGCCUUCUUGAUCUUGUUCUCUGCCGUGGGUCUUUUUGGAUGGAUGUUAACUGGCACUAUGGCACUGAUCAGCUUACGAGUCCCGUCUUUCCUUGCUGGUACCCAGGAGAGGAUCCUCUCCGGGAUGAGAUUCCUCAGUCUACGGCCUCCACAUGAGUGGGAAUAUCGCUGGAACCAGUUUCUACACGACGUAGACUUCAACUACACCAUGCCAAACUUCUCGUACCCAGAAGCGCAGGUAGCCAUCAACCAUUACCUCAAGGUACAUCUGGACAACAACACCGAGGAAGUUCGAGCCCUCCAAGACCGCACGACAGCUCUCGAAUCCCGAACUGAUCUCCACCAAGCAAUGAUCGGAGAGCUGCAGAAGUACCUCCCGAUGAGCGUUGAACUCAACCGCACCGUGGAGAAGAUUGCUGGCAUGGGCCAUCUUGUUCGAAAUCUGGAAGCAUCAGUGCGCGAGAUCAACUACUUCUCCCCAGCACAACGAGCUCUUGUGGAUCCACACUACACCUCGCGUACUCUUGGCCGCCCCGCGACUUGGUCCGAGUGGCUUAUAUGGGCAACUGGUCUUUCGGCGCUGCAGAUCCCACAAACCAACGGCAAUCCGCCAAUCGCAGCUCUGAUGCAGUGGAAAGAGUUCGGCGAAUGCUGGUGUUCCGUUCCAUCUGCGGACGAAAAAGGUCAAGCUCAGCUCGGCAUCAGACUUGGCCACACCGUUUACCCGGAGAAGUUGAUUCUUGAGCACAUCUCGGCAGGCGGUACUCUUGACAUCGCAGGCGCACCUCGCGAGCUCGAAUUCUGGGCUCAGCUCGAAAGUCCUCAAGAAGCUCAGAAAGUCAAGGACCUCCUUGCGCAGCGAGUCCACAUCUCGCAAUCGUACGAAUGCGGCGCGCCCCCAAAAGGCCAACAGAACUGGGUUUGUCUCGGCACCGGCCACUACGACAUUCAUCAAAAGUUUUACGCUCAGGAGUUUGAGUUGCAUGGUAAUUGGGAGGGCAUUCCGGUAACCACGAGCCGAAUGGUGGUCAGAGUGGUCUCGAACUGGGGAGCAGAGGAUCACACCUGCAUCUACCGCGUGCGCAUGACGGGGUCUCAAGCUGCUCAGUUGGUAGAUGUGGAUGAAGAGCUGUGA